GUGUGUUUCAAUGGACCGAGUGGCGAAGUUGGCGUCGCAGAAGGCGGUGGUGAUAUUCAGCAAGAGCUCGUGUGGGAUGUGCCACGCCAUCAAGAGGUUGUUCUAUGAGCAAGGAGUUGGGCCGGCGGUUUAUGAGCUGGACGAGGACUCUCGGGGCAAGGAGAUGGAGUGGGCCCUCAUCAGGCUUGGCUGCAACCCGGCCGUCCCCGCCGUGUUCAUCGGCGGCCGCUUCGUCGGCUGCGCCAACACUGUUAUGACCCUUCACCUCAAUGGCUCCCUCAAGAGAAUGCUCAGGGAUGCCGGAGCUCUCUGGCUCUAAUCUUCACUAUCAUCAUUACUACUCCCCAAACACUGCCUUAAUUAUUACCUCAGGAACCUCGAACAAACCUGCGUUGUCUUCUUCUUAACCUUUGAUCCGUCUGUUUUUUGUCCUUUUUGCGGCUUAAUUGUACUAAUAUAAUCAUCAUCAUCAGUAUCUAAUAUAUAAAUAUCUAU